GGCGCACUGGCGCGCUCCGUUCACACGCUCCGCGGCCUGUAGGCGCCGCGAGUUCCGGCUGUCCCCGUCACCGCCGCUGCUCCUGGAGGUCGGUUGCGACGAGUAACGGCGCCGGGACGAGCUCCGCGCCUUCGUGUCCGAUAUGUACCCGAACUGGGGCCGGUAUGGCGGGAACAGCCACUAUCCGCCGCCGCCGGUCCCGCCGCCGCCGCCGGUGGCGCUUCCUGAGGCCUCGCCGGGGCCCGGGUACUCCAGUUCGACGGCCCCCGCGGCCCCUUCCUCUUCGGGCUUCAUGAGCUUCCGAGAGCAGCACUUGGCGCAGCUCCAGCAGCUGCAGCAGAUGCACCAGGAACAAAUGCAGUGCGUGCUCCAACCCCACCACCUUCCUCCGCCUCCGAUGCCACCCCCGCCGGUGAUGCCGGGGGGCGGCUACGGAGACUGGCAGCCGCCCCCGCCACCGAUGCCCCCGCCACCUGGGCCAGCCAUCAGCUACCAGAAGCAGCAGCAGUACAAACACCAGAUACUCCACCACCAACGAGAUGGACCUCCUGGUUUGGUUCCAAUGGAGCUGGAGUCCCCUCCUGAAUCUCCCCCUGUACCUCCAGGAGCCUAUAUGCCCCCGUCGCAGACGUACAUGCCUCCACCUCAGCCACCACCCUCGUACUACCCUCCUUCCUCAGCUCAGCCCUACCUGCCUCCCACCCAGCCGUCCCCUUCACAGUCCCCACCUUCCCAACCCUAUCUAGCGCCCACCCCUACUUAUUCUUCCUCCUCUUCCUCCUCGCAAUCUUAUUUGAGCCAUUCCCAGCCCUACUUACCCCCUUCUCAGGCAUCUCCUUCCCGCUCCUCCCAGGGCCAUUCUAAACCCCAACUACUUCCACCACCGUCCAUCCCUUCUGGGAAUAAAACAACUGUCCAUCAAGAGCCUUUGGAGAGUGGGGCCAAGAACAAGAGUGCUGAACAGAAACAAGCUGCUCCUGAGCCGGAUCCCUCUACAAUGACUCCACAGGAACAGCAACAGUAUUGGUAUCGACAGCAUCUGCUUAGUUUGCAGCAGAGGACAAAAGUACAUUUCCCAGGACACAAAAGGGGUCCAGUCACAGCAAAGGAUGCACCAGAAACCAUAAAAGAAGACGUUCCAGUGCCUGCUGCCAGUCAAACGUCAGAGCCUCUUUCAGCCGAAGAGCCCCCAUUACCACCUCCAAAUGAAGAGGCACCACCGCCACUCCCACCUGAGGAACCCCAGUCUGAAGACCCAGAAGAGGAUGCUAGGUUAAAACAGUUGCAGGCUGCAGCAGCACACUGGCAACAGCACCAGCAACAUCGAGUUGGCUUUCAGUAUCAGGGAAUAAUGCAGAAGCAUACUCAGUUACAGCAGAUCCUGCAGCAGUACCAGCAAGUCAUCCAGCAUUCACCACAUAUACAGACCAUGUCUCUAGAUGUGCAAUUGCGACAUUAUGAGAUGCAGCAGCAACAGUUUCAACAUCUCUACCAAGAAUGGGAGCGAGAGUUUCAGCUGUGGGAGGAACAGCUCCAUUCCUAUCCUCAUAAAGAUCAGCUUCAGGAGUAUGAGAAGCAGUGGAAAACAUGGCAAGGACACAUGAAAGCCACUCAGACCUAUCUCCAGGAGAAAGUCAAUUCAUUUCAGAAUGUGAAGAACCAGUAUAUGGGGAACAUGUCAAUGCCACCUCCGUUUGUCCCGUAUUCCCAGAUGCCUCCACCUCUACCAACAAUGCCCCCUCCAGUAUUACCUCCAUCAUUGCCCCCCCCAGUGAUGCCCCCUGCUUUACCGACCUCCGUACCACCACCUGGCAUGCCCCCACCUGUGAUGCCACCUUCUCUCCCAACCUCUGUGCCCCCACCGGGCAUGCCUCCGUCUCUUUCUUCCGCGGGGCCCCCACCGGUCCUCCCCCCACCUUCCCUCUCUUCUGCAGGGCCCCCACCGGUCCUCCCCCCACCAUCUCUCUCUUCUGGGGCACCUCCGCCUGUCCUGCCCCUGCCACCGUUAUCCUCAGCCACACCUCCUCCAGGAAUACCUCCCCCUGGAGUUCCACAAGGGAUGCCUCCUCAGUUAACAGCAAUCCCAGUUCCACCAGCCUCCAGUUCCCAAAACUCACAGAUCCCAGAGAAGUCUCUACAAGCACUGCAUCCCUCACCUAUGUCUUUUGGUUCAAAUCCACCUUCAACCUUUCACCCUCCACCUCAGUCAGAACAAGUGAAUUCCAAACCUCUGAACAAGGCUACUCUGGCAUUCAGUUCAUUCUCAUCCGAGCAAGGACUUGGCGACCCUUCAGCUGCUCCAUCCCAGUCUGUCACUACAACUAAGGAUAUGCCAGUGAGGUCAGCUGGACCGCCUCCAGAUUCUCCUAGAAGCAAUUUCUUGGAAGGUCCAAGAGGUCCCAGAUUUGAUGGUCCUCGAAGAUUUGAGGAUUUAGGGUCAAGGUGUGAAGGACCGAGACCCAAAGGGCCUCGUUUUGAAGGAAAUCGCCCCGAUGGGCCAAGACCCAGAUAUGAAAGUCACCCAGCAGAGGGCACUAAAGGCAAAUGGGGAAGGAUCCCCCGGGGUCCAGCAUCUCAGUUUUAUAUAACUCCCAGUACAUCCCUGAGCCCUGGACAGAGUGGAUCACAGUGGAAAGGCCCCAAAGCAACUGUUGGACAGCAGCAGCAGCAGCAGCAGCAGCAGCCUAAGUCACAAGCAGAACCGCUCUCAGGAAGCAAAGAACCAUUAGCAGACACAAGUAGUAACCAGCAGAAGAAUUUUAAAAUGCAAUCAGAUGUAUUUUCCACUGCUGCAGAUGUCAAGGACACCAAGGCGGCUCAGCCCAAUGAGAAUCUAAGCGACUCUCAGCAAGAGCCACCUAAAGGCCAAGUCACGAAAGGGCCCCUAGAGCCCUCUAAUUGGAACCAGAAUUCUCGAAGUAUGGAGACUGAAAUGGACAAAGCCCAAGGCGUAACUCAGCCUGUAUUCCUUGCAAAUAAACCUCCUGUACCUUCUCUAGCUACCUUUUCCUUCAAACUAGAGAACAUUGAGGGAGGAGGAGCAGCAGCAGCAGCAGCAGCAGCAGCCGCCGCAGCAGCAGCCGCCGCCGCCGCCGGGGUGGCUGCAGAUAAUGACUUCAAACCUUUGGGUGUUGGUUUGCCCCACUCAGAGAACAACCAAGGAAAAGGUCUUCCUCAGCCAGACAGCAGAGAAAAUAGAUUAGAAGGCAAAGGCAGCAGCUCAUCUUACAGAGGUCCUGGGCAAAACAGAGUGGAAGUUACACGGGAUAAAGGACUAGUAAACAGAGGCCGUUGCCAGACAAUUAGUCAAGGCCCGGGGCUGGUCAAGCAAGAAGACUUCCAUGAUAAGAUGAUGGGUAGAAGAGAAGACAGUCAUGAGAAAAUGAACAGAGGAGAAGGCAGUCGGGACAGGGUGUUGAUGAGGCCAGGAAGCAGCAGGAAUAAAGUACCAGGUAGUCCACACGACAGCCAGGACAGUAGAGCUGGCAGCCGAGAAAGGGGGCCACCUCGCAGGGCUGGCAGUCAGGAGAGAGGACCUCCUCGAAGGGCUGGAAGUAGAGAGAGAGUAACCCCCCGAAGAGCUGGGAGCAGAGAGAGGGGACCGCCUCGGAGAUCAGGCAGUCGAGAAAGGGGACUAGGGAGGCCAGAUUUUGGUCAUGAUAGAGUUCCAUUCAGGCUGGAACCAGGAGAUAGUGGGGAGAAAAUGUAUCCUUAUCACCGAGAUGAGCCUCCAAGAGCUCCGUGGAACCAUGGAGAAGAGAGAGGACAUGAAGAGUUCCCAUUAGAUGGUAGAAAUGCUCCAAUUGAGCGAAAAAGACUCGAUGACUGGGAUAGAGAGAAAUACUGGAGAGAGUGUGACCGUGACUAUCAAGAUGAUGCACUCGAUCCCUACAGCAGAGAGGACAGACGAGGCCCUUGGUGGGAUGAUUGGGAAAGAGAUCAGGAGAUGGAUGAGGGCUAUGGUAGGGAAAUGGACAGGGACUUAGACAGAGACGUGGAUCGGAUUAGAAGACCCGUGGAUUUCUAUGAUAGAAGUGUGGAUAAUGAGUGGGACAGAGAUUAUGGGAGACCACUGGAUGAACAAGAAUCACAGUUCCAUGAACGGGACAUUCCGUCUCUUCCGCCUUUGCCGCCCCUCCCACCCCUUCCACCUCUGGAUAGAUACCAGGAUGAUAGAUGGAGAGAAGAAAGAAAUCGAGACCAUGGGUAUGACCGAGAGUUCCGGGAUAGGGGUGAGUUGAGGAUUCGAGAGUAUCCAGAAAGAGGAGAUACAUGGCGGGAAAAGAGAGAUUAUGUUCCUGACAGAAUGGACUGGGAAAGAGAACGGUUGUCAGACAGAUGGUACCCGUCUGAUGUGGAUAGACAUUCCCCCAUGGCGGAACAUAUGCCAUCCUCACAUCAUUCCUCUGAAAUGAUGGGGUCCGAUGCAAAUUUAGACUCUGACCAAGGCCUUGGAGGGGUAAUGGUUCUCAGUCAGAGGCAGCACGAAAUCAUUUUGAAAGCUGCACAGGAAUUGAAAAUGCUUCGAGAACAGAAAGAACAGCUUCAAAAGUUGAAAGACUUUGGGUCUGAGCCACAGAUGGCUGACCAUCCACCACCCCAGGACUCAAGACUACAGAAUGCAUCAAGACCUGGGAUAUAUCCGCCUCCAGGAGCCUAUAGACCACGCCCUCCUAUGAGUAAGCCACCAGGGUCAGUCGUAAGACCCUCUGCUCCACCAGCAAGAUCAUCCGUUCCUAUGACUAGGCCACCUGUGCCAAUACCACCACCGCCUCCGCCACCUCCACCACCACCUCCUCCUCCCCCAGUUAUAAAGCGAAAAACUUCAUCUAUGAAACAGGAACGCUGGGACGAAGAUUCUUUCUAUGGGCUCUGGGAUACAAAUGUUGAUCAAGGACUGAAUUCAGAAUUUAAGUCAGACACUGCAACAAUUCAGUCUGCUCCGGUAUUACCACCCCCACCUGUUCAUUCUUCCAUUCCCCCUCCUGGCCCAAUGCCUAUGGGUAUGCCACCAAUGUCCAAACCACCACCAGUGCAGCAUACAGUUGACUAUGGCCAUGGCCGAGAUAUGCCUACUAAUAAAGUUGAACAGAUACCAUAUGGAGAAAGAAUAACUCUACGCCCAGAUCCAUUACCUGAAAGGUCAACUUUUGAUGCAGAGCAUAUAAUGCAGCGUGAUCGCUGUGAUAGAGACAGAGAUCGUGAACCUUAUUUUGACCGUCAAACUAAUACAGCAGAUCAUCGAGAUUUUAAAAGGGACCGAGAGACACAUCGAGAUAGAGACCGGGAUCGUGUUCUUGACUAUGAGCGGGAUCGAUUUGACAGAGAGCGUAGACCCCGAGAUGACAGGAAUCAGUCAUAUCGAGACAAAAAAGACCAUUCCUCAUCCAGAAGAGGAGGAUUUGAUAGGCCAUCCUAUGACCGGAAGUCUGAUAGACCACCCUAUGAAGGCCCAUCCAUGUUUGGAGGAGAGCGAAGAACUUACCCAGAGGAGCGAAUGCCCCUUCCAGCUCCUGCCCUGGGCCACCAGCCGCCUCCAGCUCCACGGGUUGAGAAGAAGCCUGAGUCCAAGAAUGUGGAUGACAUUCUGAAACCACCAGGCCGAGAGAGCAGGCCUGAAAGAAUUGUUGUGAUAAUGAGAGGAUUGCCUGGCAGUGGAAAGACACAUGUUGCCAAACUUAUUCGGGAUAAGGAAGUAGAAUUUGGAGGACCUGCACCCAGGGUUUUAAGUCUAGAUGAUUAUUUCAUCACUGAAGUAGAAAAAGAAGAAAAAGAUCCAGAUUCUGGGAAGAAAGUGAAAAAGAAGGUGAUGGAAUAUGAAUAUGAAGCUGAGAUGGAGGAGACUUACCGCACCAGCAUGUUCAAAACGUUCAAAAAGACUCUGGAUGAUGGGUUUUUCCCUUUCAUCAUUCUGGAUGCUAUCAAUGACAGAGUUAGACAUUUUGACCAGUUUUGGAGUGCAGCAAAAACCAAGGGUUUUGAGGUGUAUUUGGCUGAAAUGAGUGUUGAUAACCAGACUUGUGGCAAGAGAAAUAUUCAUGGAAGAAAGCUUAAAGAAAUAAAUAAGAUGGCUGAUCACUGGGAAACUGCACCUCGUCACAUGAUGCGUCUAGACAUUCGUUCCUUGCUACAAGAUGCUGCAAUAGAAGAAGUAGAGAUGGAAGAUUUUGAUGCAAAUAUUGAAGAACAGAAGGAUGAAAAGAAAGAUGCAGAAGAAGAGGAAAGCGAACUGGGUUACAUUCCGAAAAGCAAAUGGGAGAUGGACACUUCUGAGGCAAAGCUAGACAAGUUGGACGGCUUGAGGACUGGCACUAAACGGAAACGUGACUGGGAGGCGAUAGCCAGCAGAAUGGAGGAUUACCUUCAGCUCCCUGAUGACUAUGAAACUCGUGCUUCCGAGCCCGGGAAGAAGAGGGUGAGAUGGGCAGACCUAGAAGAAAAGAAGGAUGCAGAUAGGAAAAGGGCCAUAGGUUUUGUGGUCGGACAGACUGACUGGGAGAAGAUCACAGAUGAAAGCGGCCACCUGGCUGAGAAAGCCCUCAAUCGAACCAAAUAUAUAUGAGACUUAGUGUUUGAGUGGAGCCUGUUCCUCUAAGGUGGUUCGCUUUGAGGUGACCUGAAGCCAAGGCCUCGUGAAACUUCUUGUUUCCACGUUUCAAUUUUGUUUUGUUUCUACCAGUUUCAUUUUUAAAAGUUCUCCGGCAUCCCCAAGAAAUUUUAGAAUCUUGCUGUACCCAAGCAAGACAUUAAUUUUUCUUUUAAAAUAAUUUGGAGAGGGAGGGUUAGCUUAACUGCUGAAGUCAGGUGGGGAUCCACUGGAGGAUUCCAACAGAAUAUUUCCUCCACUGUACACUGUCACAGACUAUCAUCAUUGCUUUGUGGCUGUUUUUGUUUUUGUUUUUUUUUUUUACUGUAUGUAACUGGUAGCUGAUUGUACUAGGAUUAAAAACAAUAAACUUUCACGAUAAAGCCAA